CGAAUUCCAUUGAUAGUCAUAAAAAACUUGUCUAGAGCUGAGAGUCAUUGAUAGUAUCUCGUCGGUACUCAUGGUUACACUCAUUUAUUGUGAAAUCCAUUCACAUAUACACUAAUCUAUAUGUUUAUCUUCGUUUCGAGUAGAUAGUGUUAUAAAAUGCAAUUCAAAAAAACAAAUCGGGUGUUCAUAAUAAUUUGUCCCUAAUUUGCACACGCUAUUAUUAAAAUGUCAUUUCAAUAUAAAUACAAUUAUAUAUUAAAUUAUGUAAAAGAUUGUGAAAAACGUCAUGACCGAUUAAUGGAAUUUAUGAUCUCGAGCCUACGUCAAAGCUGCUGUACUUUGACCCCUAAUUGAUCAACGAGUUUUAAGACUGUUAUUUCGUCGAUACUUUUAUUGACUUUCAUAUACAACAAUCAUGUCGGAUACCGUUAGUCCUAUUAAAUAUUUCUUGAGCGGUGGAUUUGGCGGAGUAUGCACUGUGAUAGCUGGCCAUCCUCUGGAUACCAUAAAGGUACGGCUCCAGACGAUGCCAGUUCCAGGACCUAACGAAUUGCCUCUCUACACUGGUACAUGGGACUGUGCUAAGAAAACAAUCACCAAAGAAGGAAUACGUGGUUUAUAUAAGGGCAUGGGUGCACCAUUAUCUGGCGUUGCUCCUAUAUUUGCGAUAAGUUUCUUUGGCUACAGUGUCGGAAAGAAGCUGCAACAGAACGUCCCAGAUGAGAAACUCACUCCAUUACAAUUAUUUUAUGCUGGUGCAUUUAGCGGUAUAUUCACGACUAUUAUAAUGGCACCUGGUGAACGUAUUAAAUGUCUGUUGCAAAUACAGCAUGCAGACGCAAAGCCAAAAUAUAAUGGACCAUUGGAUUGCGCUAAACAAUUGUAUCGAGAAGGAGGCAUCAGAAGUAUCUAUAAAGGCACCUGUGCUACAUUGUUAAGAGAUAUUCCAGCCAGCGGAAUGUAUUUUUUAACAUACGAAUAUCUAAAGGAACGAUUUACUCCAGAGAGUGGGAAACUUAGCUUACUGGCCACUAUAACGGCUGGCGGUUUUGCAGGCAUUGCGAACUGGUUGGUGGGAAUGCCACCUGAUAUCCUGAAAAGUCGCUUACAGACUGCACCAGAAGGUACGUACAAACAAGGAAUACGCGAAGUAUUUGUUAAAUUGAUGAAAAACGAGGGACCAAUAGCACUUUACAAGGGUGUCGUACCCGUUAUGUUACGAGCUUUCCCUGCAAAUGCGGCCUGUUUUAUGGGCUUCGAAAUUUGCAUGAAAUUCUUGAACUGGAUUGUUCCAAAUUUAUAAUUUAAAUUGAAUAAUGUAAUUAGAAUUUUUGAAAAAUAUUCUAGAGAUUUGUUGUUCCCUUUAUACUAUAAUUCGUAUUCGAUAGAUGCAAAGUGAUUAAUUUUACCGUGACAGAAAUAAAUUACAAUAAAAUAAAAAUUUAGAUAAGGCUAAUGAGAGUCAUACGCUGAUAUAAAAGCGAAGAGAUAGGAGAAGCAGAUAAUAUUCAAGUGUUGAUGGUUAUCUUCAUUUAUUUCAUUUCGAACCAUCAACACCUGUGUUUAAAUUAUAUAUAUCUAUUCUUGCCUCUACAGCUUUAUAUGUAUGUAUAUAUCGAGAAUAUGUCUCAAAAUGAUGAUAUAUGUAUUAGGACAAUUUUGACUUUAAUUUGCCAAUUAUGCACAUGAGAAACAAAUGAAAGUAUAACAUCAGGGUAUAAUAUAUAUUUGUGUACUCGUUUUGUAAAGCGUUUCAAAUAUAUAUUCAAUGUUGCGAACAUAUCAUAUAUCGUAAUAUUAAUAAUUCUUAAGUAUGUAUUGAAAGACUGCUCAACAGCCUCAAUGUGUUUAAAUUUUAAU